AUGAAGCUUCUCGCUGACAGAGCUUUAGCUGAGAACCAGGCACAGAUGAAGGAUACAGUUCUUGCAACGCGCAUACCACGAAUCCGCAUCCCACUUGAGAUAUCCGACAGAUUGCCUGGAAAUGGACAUUCGGCUAGCAGGAAGAGAGCUUCGAGUCACCUUGAAGAAACAAAAGCACUGCCCACUCACGAGACCAUACCAGGAAAUGAGAGUCACAAGAAAUCUCGACAGAGUUAUGAGUUAAAACCCAGACGUAAGACUCGCGAGGAUCACUAUAACUACAAAGGCCCAUCGUCGGCUGUGGAGACACAGUCGCAGUCUCGCAAAGGAAGAACCAAGAAACCACGGGGCAGGAGGCACACCAUGAAUGAUGACUUCCACGCCAUCAAUAUCACAGGAAACAGAUUGACACUGCGCAGCAACACGAACCUGGGUAUCUUCAACAAGGGACGAUCUUCCUCUAAAAUGAAUCACCACGGAAAUACCCCGUCAGCUCCUGCAAAACCUACAGCAACCACCAACUCACAUAAUCAUGGCGCAGAAUCUGAUCUAGCCUUUUCUGAUAUGAACUUUCUGUCCCGGAAGAAUAAUCUCAGCCCGUAUCCCACAUCGGCCGCCAGGGACACUCUGGAUGGACAGUACGAAGAGUACCAUCCACAAGCGCUGCAGUUCGAUGAUGCUGGAAAUGACACCAGACUCGACAUGUCUCACUCAAACAACAAGUUGCUUGGUGUGAAACGCCAACUUGGCGCCUCACUCACACCGUUGUUCAAGUUUGAUAAGGCGCCCGCCAGCGAGGUUUCCGCAGUUUGCAGCCACUCUCAUAGUGCUUCCCCCGUGUCCCACAGUAAACGGAGGAAGAUAACAAAGAAAUCAUCGUCUAUUCCUUACACUUGGACGGGAACUGAGGUCGACGCCACUGAACAAAGCGAUGCCCUCGAACAACACCUGCUGAACCUGCUGCAUGUCGGAGUAUAUCCCCAAGCGCUAUGCUCUGAGAUCACAAACACCGUUUUAGCCAGGUACUGGAGUCUCGCUGAAUUAUGGGAACUGCUGGAGGAGAGAAAGGCAGCAUGGUCACACGAAGCCGGCAACAAAAAGCGAGCUUCGCCCGAAGCUAACAUGAGGCAGCCAGCUGCAGCCGAAGCCGCUCCACAGGAAGUUUCCGAGACCAUUGCACCAGACCAUUUGGAUAUUGUCAAUGCCAGUAGUGUGCAAAAUGAAAUAUCCAAACAAUCCCCUGAUUCGAACAUCGCUUGUGAAACUGCUCGCAGUGUGAACGACGAUCGCGAACAACCUUUCGUCCUCGAGCAACAGCCAGACGGACCACUUCAAGCUUCAGCUGAACUGGGCUGUGUAAAUUCUGAGGCUGUCAGGACAUCAAACAGCCCAGAUCGUUUCAUAGACGUCUUGAACGAAGAUCAGUGUGAGCCUUGCCCCCCGGAAUCGGCAGAGAAUGCAGUCCUUUUUCCUGCAGCCGUACUAGACGUCAAACAACCCCAUAUGUCUGACACCGAGUUCUACGAGCUGGGUCGACUCGAUGAUGAUGAUGUGUUCUAUCGCACACUGGAUACUGCUUACCGUGCCAUUGUGUGCCCUGAAGCUGGGGCGGAAGUUGCAUCAGACUUGCAGCAGUUAAUUGAAUCCCCCGAACUCAAUGGAAUUGAACUUCCGGAUAGUCCAGAGUCCGACAUUCAUACCCGACAGGCAGAGGCGGGGGACCCAGAGCAUUUGGCAACGGUCUCCCGAGACAUCAUACAAGACCGGUGUGAUGAAAGACCAUAUGAGCCUUCUUUCCAACACGAACUACCCACGAGUCAUUCGAACGAUCCUUGUGUUGGACAGAAUAAUGGUUUGCCAUGGCUGGCUGCUGGAUACGGCCAGUCACAACCGCGCGCGUCAACUGGAAUCGGUACGCGACAGAGUCAGCCUCCAGGGUUAUCUGAUUUCUGGCGACAGAACAAACUCUAUUGA